AUGAUAUUUUCGAUAUUUUCAACAAUUCUAUCCAUUGUCACAUUUAUUUAUAGUCAUGUGAGUUUUUGGGCUGAAAAUGGGGGGAAAUUUGAUAAUUUUCGGCUGAAAAUGAUCAAAACAUUGUGAAAAAUGAUGCAAAUUCGAGAUUUCAAGCUGUUUUUAUGCAAAAAAAGACUGAAAAUAAGCGCAAAAUCACACAAUUUUCAAAAAAAUCAUUCAAUUUUCCAGGUUCUUCUCAUAUUUCUAUCAAUUUGUCUAGCGGGUGCCAUUGCAUUUUUCGUCUCUUAUUAUUUUUUCGGUUUCUCAACACCCUCUUCAGCCACUUCUUCUGCUUCACCAUCGAUUUCGGGUUCGCCAUUAAGUGAGUUCGAGUUUUUGGAGCAAAAAUCGGAAUUUUUGGUGAAAAAUGAGCAACAUUAGAUAUUUUUUACCAAAAUGUUAAAAAUUUCACUCAUUCUCAAAGUUCACGUGGAAAAAUAUGAACUUUGUUAUAAUGGGGCUAUUCAAGUUCUUUUCUCAACGCUGAGAAAACAGGAGAAAUGCGAAGAAAACCUAUUCAGGUAGGCUGAGAAAAUACGAAAAAAGUGAAGAAAAUGCAUUUUCUCCGCAUUUCUCCUGUUUUUUUUCUUAGCGUGUUUUCUUAGCGUGUUGAGAAAAUACUUGAAUAGCCCCAUAAAGUUUUCCAAUUUUUCUCCCACAAAUCCCCAAUUUUCUUCCAGAAUUAGUCAAAAAAGUAUCGACAAUUCUUGAAACUGACAAUGAAGAUGAUAAUGGUUCUACCGAAGGAAAAGAGCCGAAAAAACGAAAACCUCCGAGUUUUUUGAAUUUACAACAUUCGGAUUCGAUGCCUGGAAACGGAGGAAGUAGAAGAAUGAGGAAACGAGAUUGGGCAAAGAAAAUUUAUAAAAGUUUGGUCGUGAGUGUUUUGAGAACUUGAAUUUUUGAGAUAAAUUUCUAAAUUUAUCUAAUAUUAUCCAAUUAACGUCUUCUGAAAAAAUCAAUAAUCCCCUCAAUUUCCCUCUCACCCUUUCUAAAAUUUCACUAUUUUUGCAGCAAGAUUCACCCCGAAAUACACCAUCUGGCGGUUCUUCUUCUUCCGAUGAAGCAAAUACUGUGAUGGGAGGUUCGAAUUUGAAUCGAACAAAAAGACGACAAUCAUCAGCGAGAAGACGACAAAGCACUGCAUUUCAAAUGGCUAAAGAGUACGGUUUGAGAUGGGAUUUGGUGGGAAGAGAGAUUUUUUUAAUUUUUGAAAAUAAAAAACUCAAUUUCGGACCGCUUGGCUAAUUUUGGGGCCAAAAUUACAGGAAAGUGAUUUUUUCUAUUUUUGCAAAAAAUUCACUGUUUCAAAAAAUUUAUUCAUUUUUCGAAAUCUGAAUGAGUUCCGAUCUCGAGUGUUAUUUACAUCGUAUCAAACAAUUACACGUAAAAAUUUGAAUGUUAACAAAAAUUCUGAAUUUCUGCGAUGCUUGCCAAGUUUUUUAUUCGAAAAGUUUUGCAUUUUUAGUGCCAAAAAAUUGUGGCGCCAAAAUUACAAGAAAGUGAUUUUUCCUAUUUUCGAAAAAAUUUACUGUUUCAAAAAAUUUAUAUAAUUAAUUUUUUUUCAUGAAAUGUUUGAUGUUUUGAUAAAUUGUUCACCCUUCAAAUCCCACCAAAAUCCCUCCGAUUUCCACCCAAAUUUCUUCAUUUCCAGUCUUCUCCGUCGUGGUAGCAGUGUCUAUUUCCGUCAAAGUUCGGAAAACAUGAAAGAAACCCGUCUUCUCCCACCCACUGAAUAUUUCGAACCAACCGAUCUUCCCGAAAUCCCACAAAAUCUUCCGCCCGAAAUUUUCUACAUUCUCCACAAUCUGAAAAUGCUCGAACUACCGUCGGAAUGGAAAUUGGACCCGCGAGAAAUUGUUGUCAAAAGCUAUAAAGCUGGAGAAUAUGUGGUGAAACCCGGUGAACCCGAUGAUGGGAUUUAUGUAUCGAUUGAUGGUGAAUUGACGGUUCAUAUUAGGGUGAGUGCCGAUUUUUUUUUGUGGGAAAUAUGACAGGAAAAUUGUGGAGAUGAGAUGGGCUAGGUUUAGGCUUAGGUUUAGCCAAAAUCAGGCGUAGGCUUGAAAUACAUUUUAGGUUUACUCGGCUUUUCUUAAGCCUAGGUUUAGGCUUGGCCAGAAUUUUAGACUUAGGCUAGGAUGAAAGUUUAAACCUAACCUUAAAAAAAUGUUUUAAAAAAAUACUGUUUCAAAAAUUUUUUGAAUAGAAUUGGGUUUUUCAAUAUUUAUUCGAAUUCUCGUUGAUGAUCACAAAACACCUAGAAGAUUAGAUGAAACAUCUAGGCUCAUAAGAAAUUAUAUAGAGUUAAUUUCGUGAAAUUUUAAGCUUAGUUUUCUUAUGUUAGGCAGAAGAGAAAGCGGGAGCUCUAACAAUUUCAGUUUAUGUCUUGAAGAUUGAAAUCAAAUUAUUUGUAGCACAUGGAAGGCAAAGAAUAUCUGGUGAAACGUAUUCCAGCCGGUGGCAGUUUCUUCUCACUUUUAUCCAUGUUGGAUAUAUUGAUUGAUUAUCCAUCGGUCUUCAAAACUGUCGCUUUAAAAGCUGCCGAACCGUGUCGAGUUGCCAAAUUCCCAAUCACAUCAUUUCGUGCGAGUUAUUCGAAAAAUCCCGAAGCCUGGAUUCGACCGAUUCAAAUUGUUAUAACUCGACUAUUGCAUGUCACAUUGACAACUUUACAUCAAUAUAUGGGAUUGAGCUCGGAACUGAUGAAAGGGGUAAGUCAACACGUGGAUUUUAAGAUCAAAAUUUAAAUAUUUUUAUUUAUUAACUAUCUUACAAUGUUUUUAUCCCAAAAAUUUUCCAGAGCCGCGAGGAAGAUCGUCUUCGAAACCUGAGCAAUAAUUCGAGCAAACUUCAAGCACAACAAUCGAUAAAAAGAAAGGAUAUUAAAAUAUUCAAUGUGAAUGAUUGUGAGUUUAUUCCUCAAAAUUUUACUUAGAAUUCAUUAAAAUUGGCCCCAGAAUUAGGCCCUAGAUUGACUCUAAAAUUAGCCUUGAGCUCCUAAAUCCUCCCAAUUUUUGCAGCCGAAGAAGAGCAAUUAAUUUGUGCUCGAAAAUGGAUGGCUGAAGCUUUCGGUUUGGCUGGAAAUGAAAAUAUCGCCGAACAAAUUGGCAACAAAAUUCACAUCUCAAAAUUUGAACCAAAACAAACAUUGAUUGAACAAGGAGCUGAAGAAGAGGUUUUGCUUCUGGUCUUGUCUGGAAAUUUAAUUUUGAGUCAGGUGAGCAAAACCGAAAAAUGGGCUAUUUUUGGGGGUAUUUUCAUCUGAAAUUUUCAGCAAGGUUCUGCAUUUUUAGCCCAACUUGACAGGGUAUGUCCAAAGUUUUGAGGUUUUUUGUUGAAAAAAAAAACUAACAGGCUUUUUUUCAGUGUGACUUUUGAAUUUUCUCUGAAUUUUUCAUACUAAUUCCAUAUGAAACUAGUUUUUUUCCUUUAAAAAUCCAAAUUUCCCCCUAUUUUUUCUAGGAUUCGCUUUUCGACGAAGAAAGUUGUGAAGAAAAUGUGGAAAGUGCCGUAAUUCGAAUUGGUCCCAAAGAACUUGUUGGUGGCUUGCAAAUUCUGACAAAUGAGCCAAGUUUUUAUACAAUUCGAUCUGUCACACCGACUACUGUAGCUGUCAUGAAAAAGAAGGAUUUUUCGGCGUAGGUCUUUUUGGGGGCUUUCGAAAAUUGAAAAAUUCACUGUUUCAACAUAUUUUAUAAUAAUAAUAAUGCUGAAUUUAAUUUUCAUGUUUGAUUACCUCGAAAUUGGUUGAAAAUCUCAUUUCUUCUUGAAAAAAAUAUCUCGAAAAUACUCGGAAAAUCCGUUUUUUCAGAAAGUGAAAGGCUUUCAAAAUUAAAUAAGUAUAAUUUUUAUCUGGAAAAAAUAGAGUGAAUAAUUUUCUAGAAAAAUUACUGUUUCAAAAAUUUUGUAUAGAAAUGUUUGGAUUUUUUCCGUUUUCUUGGAUUCUUUUUUCAUUAUUAUAAUAAUAGGAAAAUUUUACUGUUUCAAAACAAAAACACUAAUUGCUUAAAAAAUUCCAAGUUUCCUCGAAAAAUCGAAAAAUUCUACAAAUUUUCAAAAAUAUAAUUUACUGUUUCAAAAAAUUAUCAUCAAAAUUUCCUUCAUCAGAAAUUGAUGCACUGAUGUCUAACAAGUUAAAUUAUUCUCUAACCUCUUUCAACAUCUUUUUUUUGCAGUUUUCUCGAAUCGCAUCCCGAAAUCUACCUGCCAGUUGCUCAUUCCGUUCUCCGUCGACUUUCUCCAUUUCUCCGAGGCGUUGAUUUUGCAUUGGAUUGGGUUCUAGUCGAUUCUGGACACGCGGUUUAUCGAGCUGGUGAUAUUGCUGAUUCACUUUAUGUUGUUCUAAGUGGUCGACUUCGAUCGGUUGAAAAAAAGACGGUUGUUGAGGAAUUUGGACGAGGCGAUGUUUUGGGAAUGAUGGAGGUUUUGACGAAAAAACCGAGAUCGACUACGGUUUUGGCGGUUCGAUUUUCGCAAUUGGCAAGAGUUCCCGAAGGAUUGUUGAAUUUUAUUAAGAUGCAGUUUCCGCAGGUUGGUUAUUUUUAUUUUUGGAAGAAAAUGCGUGCGGUUUCAAAAAUGUUCACCAAAAACUUUCUGUUUCAGAAAAUUCUUUAAUUUUUUGAGAUUUUGUAUGUUUUUGAUGUGAACGUCUGGUCUUAAACAAAAUUUUUCAAUAAAACAAAAUUGCUGGUAGCUAAGCCACGUGGAUGUUUGGCACUAAAAUUGAUGAAAAUUCAAUCAUAAAAAUAUUUGACUGUUUCAAAAAUAUGUUUUAUUUACUAGGAUUUUGAUCAGUCUUGAUAUCGUUCCUUAAAAUACACCCAACAUUUUUUUUUUGCUGAAAUCUAUUGCGAAUAAAUUGAAUUUCUGCUUUUUAUGAGUUUUAGACCCUAAAAUGCAUGUAUUCAUGUUUUUGAGGCAAAAAUUUUGAAUUUCCCAAAAAUUUUGCUGUUUCAAAAUAUUCGUUUAUUUUUUCGGAUUUCAAGUGUUUUCCAUUUGUGUCAGUAUUCUUCUUCUUAAAAUUUUUGAAACAGUAAAUUCAAAAAAGGUUUUAUGAUUAAAAUUCUCAAACGACAAGCAAUUAAUGUUCAAUCAUUUCAAAACCCCAAAAUUAAUUUCAGGUUGGUUUUCGCUUGGUUCAACUUCUCGGUCAAUAUUAUAGUCAAAUGAAUCGUCGAACACCAUUUGUUCCACCAACCGUAAUGCGAUCAAAUGAAAUUGGAGCACACGAUCCAAUGAGUCAUAUCAAAAAUCUACAUACAAUUGCAGUUGUUCCAUCUUCUUUGGAUGUUCCACUUGUUUCAUUCACUUGUGAAUUAUAUCAUGCACUGUCGGCGAAUUUGAGAGUUUUGAGAUUGAGUUCGCAAAAAGUUGCACAGUGUUUGGAUCCGAGUGUUUUGGAGAAGUUAGUCUAAUACUUUGGGGGAUUUUUUAGUGCUUAGGAGUUAGAUUAACAAUGGGAGGCUUAAGAUGAAAAUUAGGUCUUAUUUCUGUUAAGCCUAAGCCUAGGUUUUUGGAUGAUAAAGUUCAGCAGUAUGAGUAACGUUUCUAGAAUUAGCAUAAGUCCAGGCGUUUUUAGAUUUUAGUUUUUCCAGAAAAACCUAGAUUUAUCUGAAAUCCCUUGAAAAUUUCAAAUUGUUUCCAGACAAGCCGAUUUUCGCCUGAUGCAUUGGCUGAAUGUUCAAGAAGACACUUAUCCACUGGUAAUUUAUGAAUGCGAUUUCACUCCAACAAAUUGGACACGAAGAUGUUUGAGACAAGCUGAUGCGAUUUUGGUGGUUGGAAUUGGUGGAAAAUCGCCCGAAAAACAGACUUUGGUGGGUGAAAGUUUCUGAUUCUAGACCUUUUGAUUAAUUUUCAAAAAUUUGACAAAAAAUUCGAUAUCUUUUUCCUAUAACUUCGCCUCAAAAAUCUUGAAAACACACAUUUUUCAUUUCUACAAAAAUUUGCUGUUUCAAAAAUUUUAUGUAGCUCAACAAGGUUUUUGAUUAUUUGAUUCAAGUUUUUCUAUUUGUUCGCGAUUUUAAUAUAUUAGUUUUGAUUUAUUUUCCAUUUCGUACUCAAAGUUUACAAAGAUGAGGAUUUUUAAAUUUUCUAAUGAGUAUUGGUACCAGCAAAUCCAUAAUUUUGACGCAAAAAUCCCGAAAUAAAGAUAAAUUUUAAUUAUAAAAAAAUUGCCGUUUCAAUAAAUAUUCGGACUUCUUAUUUUCUCAUUACGACACAUUUUUCAAAACAAAAGAAUUUUGGUUUUUUUGGGCUUUCGUUGAUUUUCAUUCUCAAAGAAACUAAACGCUAAAUAUCACGAAAAAAAAUCCAGAUAAUAUUAUAUUUAAAAUAAAGCUAAUCUUAAAUUUCUCCACCCAAAACUCACCAAAUUUCAAUUCUAGAUGCGAGAUUUGAUGAACAUGAAUCAAGACGGUGUUCGAACCAACAAAGAAUUAAUAUUAUUAUGGCCCGAAAGUACACAUACACCAUCCGGAACUAUUGAUUGGCUCAAUAAUUCAUUUUUCUCCGGACAUCAUCAUAUUCGAGCACCGCGAAGAAUGUUGCAAUGGAAUCGAAAACAUCGAAAAAAUAGCCACAUUGAAACGUAUUCACCACAGGUUAGAGCGGGGGGUUUUUGGGGAAAUUUUUGGUGUAAAAAUAUUGGGUGAAAAUUAAGAUCUUAAAAUGAUGUUCGGAAUUCAAUAGCUUCAAAAAACUAAUUUACUGAAAUUUGAAAUUUUCACUGUUUCAAUAAUCAAUUAUAUUCUCGAUCAUUCCAUCAUUUACUAAUUUAUCAACAAAAACCUGUGGAAAUUAAAUGUAGACAAUGUUUAAAAAAUGUUUCUGUUUCAAAAAUAUUUUAAGUCAUCAAACAUCUAAAAAUAGAAAUUAUUUUCAAAUGUAGCUAUGCAACGCAAUUUUUCAGAAAUCAUAAAUCUGACUAAAUUUAGGAACAGUGAAAAAUUUCACAAAAAAGUUUGCUAAUCCAAGAAAGAGAGAACCACAACUUUAAUAUGAAUUUUAUAUUCCAUUUCUUUUUAAAACAGUUAUUUUUGUGCGAUUUUUGUUUGCAGUAAUAUUUUUUUUGGUUGAAAAUUCAUGAUAAAGGGUUUCAGCACUUUUGGAACUAGUAAUUUUCAGAAAUAUUUACUCGAAAUUAAUUUUCCAUUUUUCGCCGUGUAUUCAAACAGUAAAAUAAAAUUUAAAUAAAAUCCUAGAUUUUAUCAAUUUUUGAAAUAGUGAACAAAUUAAAAAUACGUCAAAAAUUGGUUUCAGCAUUCUUAAAUUAUUAUUUUUUUUGCAGAACAUUGAAAAUGAAGUGAUCGCGUACUACGAGAAAAAUGUGUUCUGGACAACCGAUCCCCGCUCGGAUUUCUCUCGCCUCGCUCGAAUUUUGACCGGAAACGCAAUCGGUUUAGUUCUCGGCGGUGGCGGUGCUCGCGGAGCAGCUCACGUUGGAAUUUUGCGAGCUCUUCGAGAAGAAGGCAUACCUGUUGAUAUAGUUGGCGGAACUUCUAUCGGCUCAAUGAUUGGUGGAAUCUAUGCCGAAACUCCAGACGAUGUAAUUGUUGAGGAACGUGCAUUUUCAUGGUUCCGACCAAUGUCGAGUUUGUGGCGAAAAUUGUGGGAUUUGACAUAUGCGCAUAGUGCAAUGUUCACAGGAGCACAAUUCAAUUGGUCGAUUAAAAGUUUGUUUGAGGAUCGGUUGAUUGAAGAUUUGUGGAUCUCCUAUUUUUGCAUAUCUACUGAUAUUAGUACAUCGGAAAUGCGAGUUCAUCGAUCAGGACCAUUAUGGGCAUAUUGUCGAGCAUCGAUGUCUUUGGCUGGAUAUUUACCGCCACUUUGUGAUCCACAAGAUGGACAUUUGUUGUUAGAUGGAGGAUAUGUUAAUAAUGUGCCAGCUGAUGUUAUGAGGUAAGGUUUUUGGAGGGGAAAUAUUCUCAAAGAUACUUUUUUUUAAAUCUAAAUGUGAAUCUUUCAACAAAAUAAAGAAAAUUAAUACAAUUAUGUGAUCAUUUUUUUGAGCAAAAUCCAAUGAAGCACCAAAACAUUGUUUUAAAAAUAUAAUUUUUUCAGAAAUCUCGGUGCUCGUUGCGUAAUUGCUUGCGAUGUCGGAUCAAUUGAAGAAACCAAUUUGUAUGAUUACGGUGAUUCUCUAAGUGGUGUUUGGGUUCUCCUCAAACGUCUCAAUCCAUUUGGUGAACCAAUUCGAAUUCUGAACAUGGAAGAGAUUCAAAGUCGCCUCGCCUAUGUUUCUUGUGUUCGACAACUUGAAGUCGUCAAAAAAGCAUCGUAUUGUAGAUAUUUGAGACCGCCUAUUGAACCAUAUAAAACAUUGGAUUUUCAUAAAUUUAGAGAGAUUAUGGUGAGUUUUAAAUUUUGGGAUUGAAAAAAUUUCACUGUUUUAAAAUAUUCAAAUAAUAUUUGAUGAAAAAUAAUUUUUAAUCCGAACCAAAUUUUUUCCACCAGAAAAUUCAUUCAAAUAAUUUCGCAUUUCUUGAAAUUUCAAUGUUUCAAAAAAAGUUUUAAUUUUUGGUUUUUCAAGUUUUUGUGAUAAUUGUUUUUUCUGAUCCAAAAAAUUUCACUGUUUCAAAAUAUUAAAAUAAUUUUUGAUGAAAACACAUUUUAAAUCCAAGCAAUAAAUUCAUCCGAAUAUUCUCAAAUUUCUUGAAAUUUUGGAUUGAAAAAUGUUUUUAAAGUUUUGAAAUUUCUAGAAUUUUAUAAGACGAAAAAAUUACUGUUUCAAAUUUUUUAUUAAUGCUUAAUAAUUAUAUUAAAAGACUGAUACUGAGGUUGUAUACAUAAUUCAUUGAACGAAUUCAGUUCAGUUAAAAUUUUACAAUUAUAAUUCGAAGCUCUUUCGAUGAAUUCGAAUUUUUAACAAGAACAAUUUUUCAGAAAAUUAUCAAAACUAAAUAAAAAAUUUCACUGUUUCAAAAAAUUUAGAAAUUUUUUGGUGAAUAAUAAUUUAAUGCUCACUCUGCCGUGAAAUGCCCAAAAUAAAAUUUUGAAAUAGUGAAAAACUCCACAGUAAAAUUUUAUUUUAUGAAUUUUCGAUAUAAAAAAUGAUGCUAAAUAAUCCAUCAAUUUUUUUCAAAUAAAAACUAAAAAUCCGCUGUUUCAAAAAAUUCUCAAAAGUUUUUGAAACAUUUUGUAUAUGCUUCAUCUAAUUUUUUUAAUUACAAAAAUUCUCAAUUCUUGCAGGACCUUGGUCUAAAAUAUGGCCGUGAAGUUGUGCACGAAUUAAUAAUCAACGAUCGUGCUGGAAUUUUGGGCGAAGAAAAAGACAUCAAAAAAUUCAAGCGUCAAACAAGUCGACGCGAGAAAAAAUCAGAUGUUUCUCGUGCUGUUUCAUUCACUGAUUUAGCUGCUGCAAUGUCAAAAAUACCGGUAGUUCGACCAACUUUGAAACAUUCAAUGAGUUUAAAUCCAAAUGGUCGAGCUGGUGAUCAUUUCUUAUUAGAUGAAGAUGUUGGAACUGAUUUUUAUGAUUAUUAUGAUGAUAGUUCAGAAGGUGGUGCUAUUGGAUUCACUGAAGAUGAAGAUGUUAUUCCACCUGUUCCAGCUGGAAGUCGAGCAAAAUCACCUGCUCCUGCUUCAAACCAGAGUGCAGAGGAUUCGAAAACACCAACAUCUACACCAAUUGCUGAUCCGAAGCCUAAUUUAGAACCACCAAAAUGA